GUGAUGUAAAGAAUGCGGAAUAUGUUUUUGGGAGCAUUGUUUAUGAAGAAUCGAUCAUUGGGAAUCCGGUGAUAUGGAAUGUGAUGAUCUCGGGCUAUGUUGCGAACGGGCGUUUGCCACAAGCAGUGGAGUUGUUCCUAGAGAUGUUAGAAAUUGGUUUAUCACCAGAUACUUCCACAAUGGUCGCCGUUAUAGGUUUGUGCUCUCAGCUGUUGGAUUUAGCAUUGGGAAGGCAAAUCCAUAAGUUCUAUUAUAGCAUUCAAUUGAACCAUGAUGCAAGAGUUGAAACGGCUCUUAUGGACAUGUAUUUUAAAUGCGGUGAUAGCAAAGCUGGCCUUGAAAUCUUUCAAAGAUCUCAAAAUCGUAACAUUGUCAUGUGGGGAGCUAUCAUCUCAAUUUCGCUCAAGGCAAUCGUCCUCAUGAGGCAUUGAAUCUGUUCCAUAACUAUGUAUUAGAAUAUGGCUUUGUGGAUUCUGUCAUCGUAUUGGCUGUUCUGCGAGCCUGUUCUUCCUUGGCUGUUAGGCCUAGAGGCAUGGAAAUCCAUGGGCUAGUAGUCAAAAUGGGGUUUGAUUCAGAUGUUUUUGUCGGAGGUGCCUUAGUCGAUAUGUAUGCGAAAUGCAGAGACAUGGAGUCAGCUCAAAUUGUCUUUUAUAGACUACCCGCUAGAGAUUUGGUAUCUUGGAAUGCCUUGAUAUCUGGAUAUACUCAGAAUGAGUUUCCAGAUGAAGCUUUAAAGGCAAUCCUCGACAUGCAGUCCGAUGGAGUCAAACCCAAUGCCGUGACAGUUGCGAGUAUGUUGUCGGUUUGUGCUCAGUUGUCAAUCAUGAAGUCGUGCAAGGAGGUUCACGGUUACCUUUUAAGACAAGAAUUUGAGUCCAAUGUUCUUGUGAGCAAUUCCCUUAUAACUACCUAUGCAAAAUGUGGAGACAUAAAGAGCUCAUGGGCUAUAUUUGAGAGCAUGCCUGAAAGAACUGAAGUAUCAUGGAAUUCAAUUCUUUUGGGGUUAGGAAUGCACGGCCAUGCGGAUGAAACAUUCGGUUUAUUAGAGAAAAUGGAAGCAGCGGGAAUGAAGCCUGACCAUGCGACUUUUACAGCUCUACUGUCUGCUUGCAGCCAUGCAGGGAGGGUUGAAGAGGGAUUGAAAUAUUUUAAACGUAUGGUCGAGGAUUACAAAAUUGAACCUCAACUUGAACAGUACUCCUGCAUGGUUGAUCUUUUAGGCCGAGCUGGCCAUUUAAAACAUGCAUACGAUAUUAUUUUGGCAAUGCCUUGUACCCCAGAUGAUCGUAUAUGGGGAUCAUUGCUCGGAUCAUGCAAAAUUCACCGUGAUGAAAGACUUGCAGAAGUUGUGUCUGAUCAUAUCUUUGAACUCGAUCCUGCUAGUAUUGGUUACCGUACACUUCUUGCAAACUUGUAUGAAGAGUAUGGGAAAUGGAGUGAUGUUACCAGGAUUAGAUCCGAUAUCAAGGGCAGGGGGCUCAAGAAGACACCUGGUUGCAGUUGGAUUGAAGUCGAUAGUAAUGUUCAUGUAUUUAUGGCGGGUGAUCAGUCUCAUAAUCAGUUGGAGGAGAUAUAUGCUACAGUUGAAUGUUUAACAAAUGAAAUAAGGAAGGCAGGAUAUAUUCCUCAAUCACUUACAGUAAGUGUUCGGCAUGAUGAGGUUAAUCAUGAAAAUCUUUCAUCAUUUAAACAUGACGAUUUGCUGUUUCCGGUUGCAAGUAGAAACCAUAGCCGAACAGGUUCAGCAGAAUUGAUGAUUGGAUGAUUCUCAGUCAAUUGCUAGGCCAUGUUGCUAUUAAUAGAGAGGAAACACUUUCACUGUUUCGAGUGAUUGAGGAGGAUUGAGAUAUUCCCAUUCAGUGAGGCCUAUCCAUCUAUCUUUGCAAGCGGUUGGCCUUUGCAUAUGGAAGCAUUUCGAGAUGUUUUGCAGAGAGCAGUUGGCCAGUUGCAACAAGUGGCUCAGUCUCCGCGGGAUUCUGGAAUUCAAAUGAUUAAACUGACGGAUGAACGUAAAGUUUUACAGUCCCGUGAUCAUCCCAUUGAAAGCAGAUGAAACUGAAUCAUCUGCUGAGAAAACAAGGACAGUGUUGAGUGCUCAUUGUUGCUUCACGAUGGAUGUUUCACAACCUCUACGACAGUUGUCAUAGCUUUCUCAAUGGGAGUGGCUACUGAUGCUACAUCGCAACCAGUGUGUUGAAAACGUGUUUCUAAAGAUGUAGUGCAGCGAUGGUUAAGGAAGAACCUUGAGUCUUUGGAAUAUCGUCGGGAGCUGCCUGGAGUUUCAAGACAUGAAAAUGUCGUCUGCAGCUGAAAUAGUUUUCUGAGUUGGGUGUUUAUGAGACUAAUUUUCUGAAAUUCGUAAGAACCCGUCUGUCGGAAAAUGUACAAAUGACCUGCUCAACACUGUACAUAAAACAUGAAGAUUGCAGAUCCCGGUUAUGUGAAAUGCAUUUCUAAUUUGUAUA